UUCACGAGUCACAAUCGCCGAUAUAGGCAGAACAGAGCGGUGCACCCUUCACGCAGGAAAACUAAACGCGCAGUACUACCUACUAUUACACCCCUGCGCCCUAUUUUCUGCAAGUUGCUUCCUUGACAUCAUCCAAGGGUCCAACAUUUUCACCAACGUCACUCAGGACACAUCAAUUAUCUGGUUUGCCGCCUUGACAAUUGUGUGGGACUGGCCUUGGGGUCGACGUUGAUGUCUGAUAUCCCGUUACACUCUCUCGGACGCAUAGGAAACACACGAGCCGGGUACGUUCCUCUAAACGACGCCCAGGAUACCGAUAUGCACACGGGUGUCCUGAGAGCUGCUGCUACACGCAGCGUAAACUUAAACGUGAAGGGAAAGGGCAAGCAACGUGAACGGUACACAGAUGCAGACGAGUUCGAUGAGGAGGCAACUUUGCUUGGGAACAGAGACAAUACGCUGGAGGAUGUUGAAGAGGGAAAUGCGGGCGAACAGUCAAAACGACUUCAGGUAUCGUCUAGGCGUUCGUCAACGGCGAGUAGGACACGAGACAAGUCCAGGACAAUACCAUUCCGCCCAGGAGAGAAAUUCCAAGCCAAGUUCCCGCCUAAUCUCGUACGAAAUCAGAAAUACAACAUAUUCACAUUCUUUCCUAUCGUCAUAUAUGAACAGUUCAAAUUCUUUUUCAACCUCUACUUCCUUCUCGUCGCUCUUUCCCAGUUCGUUCCUGCACUCAAGAUCGGGUUCAUUGUUACAUAUGUCGCACCCCUCGCAUUCGUGCUCUUCGUCACAAUGGGCAAAGAAGCCUAUGAUGACUACAAGCGCAAUCUCCGCGACCGCGAAGCAAACUCCCAGAAAUACCUCAUCCUCGUUCCCUCCUCUGACAGCGGUCCACAUACUCGUUCUGUCCCUUCCUCUUCCCUCAAAGUAGGUGACCUCGUUGUGUUGGAGAAGAACCAGCGCGUACCGGCAGAUAUGGUCCUCCUGCGAACGAGCGAUGCUUCUGGAACGUGUUUCAUUAGGACCGACCAGCUUGACGGAGAGACAGACUGGAAACUUCGCGUUGCAGUCCCCGCGGGCCAGAAGCUUGUCGACGAUAGGGAGCUACUAGAUUUGGAUGCGGAAGUUUAUGCCGACGCUCCAAUCAAAGACAUCCACACGUUCAUUGGGACGUUUACGAUCCACUCGCCCCGUACGCACUCUGUUGAUGAUGUACCUAUGGUACAGGUCCCUACUGUCGAGCCCCUGUCCGCGGAGAAUGUCUUGUGGAGCAACACUGUAUUAGCUGCGGGUUCUGCUGUCGGAUUCAUUGUGUAUACGGGCGCUGAGACGCGCGCCGUCAUGAACACGAGUCAUCCUGAGACCAAGGUUGGUCUACUAGAUCUUGAGAUCAAUAGACUUGCUAAGAUUCUUUGCGCGGUGACAUUUGCACUGUCAUUUGGACUCGUUGCACUGAAUGGGUUCAGGGGACUGUGGUAUAUAUAUGUGUUCCGCUUCCUCAUAUUGUUUUCGUCUAUUAUCCCCAUCAGCUUGCGUGUAAACCUUGACAUGGGUAAGACGGUCUACGCUCAGCAGAUAAUGAACGACUCCGAGAUUCCUGGCACGAUUGUCCGCACGAGCACACUCCCUGAGGAGCUGGGACGCAUAGAGUACCUUCUUAGCGACAAGACUGGGACCCUUACGCAAAAUGAGAUGGAGAUGAAGAAGCUGCACAUGGGCACUAUGUCUUACGGGUUUGACAGCAUGGACGAAGUUGCACACCAGCUUGCGAGCGCGUUUGGUGCUGAUCAAGCCCACGCAAGAAGUAAUUCAAUAGCUACAGGUGCACAACUUGCAAUGAGAGGACGGAGGGACAUGUCGUCGAGGCUCAGAGAUGUAGUGCUUAGUCUUGCACUUUGUCACAAUGUCACACCAGUCGCCAACGACGAUGGCUCAUUGACCUACCAAGCCUCCUCCCCAGAUGAAGUUGCAAUCGUCAAGUGGACGGAGAGCGUCGGCCUCACGCUCGUUUUCCGCGACCGCACACGUAUAGAGCUCCAGACUCCCACCGGCGCACGUAUUACCUACGACAUCCUCGACAUAUUCCCCUUCACAAGCGAGUCGAAGCGCAUGGGCAUCGUCGUGCGAGACGCACACAGCGGCGAGGUACUUUUCUUGCAAAAGGGCGCGGAUGUCGUCAUGGCUCGUAUCGUGCAGCGGAACGACUGGCUGGAAGAGGAGACUGGGAAUAUGGCGCGCGAGGGGCUGCGCACACUUGUCGUUGCACGAAAGCGGCUCACGUCCCAACAGUAUGCGGCAUUUAAGACCGCUCACCAUGCUGCAAGCAUUCGGCUUGAUGGACGCGGCGAGGCAAUGACUUCUGUCGUUGCGAAGCACCUAGAGCACGAUUUGGAGCUGCUUGGCCUGACGGGCGUCGAGGAUAAGCUUCAGGACGAGGUGAAAGGGACGCUUGAGCUGCUCAGGAAUGGGGGAAUCAAGAUUUGGAUGCUCACGGGCGAUAAAAUCGAGACGGCGCGGUGCAUUGCUAUUUCUACGAAGCUGGUGGCGCGGAAUCAGUAUAUUCAUGAGGUAGCCAAGUUGAAGACUUCUGAUCAAGUCAGGGACGAGCUUGAGUUCUUACAGUCGAAACUGGAUUGCUGUCUAGUCAUUGAUGGCGAGUCGCUACAGCUCUGUUUGAACCUGUACAAGAACGAGUUCGUCGAGAUUACAACAAAGUUAUCAGCUGUUGUUGCUUGUCGAUGUUCCCCGACACAGAAAGCAGAUGUAGCGCGAUUGAUUCGACAUCACACGAAGAAACGGGUUUGCUGUAUCGGAGAUGGUGGUAAUGAUGUCAGUAUGAUACAAGCCGCUGACGUUGGUGUCGGAAUCGUUGGAAAAGAAGGGAAGCAAGCAUCCCUUGCUGCCGAUUUCUCUGUCACCCAAUUCAGUCACCUCACCAAGUUGCUCAUGUGGCAUGGGCGUAACUCGUACCGCCGUUCUGCGAAGCUCGCUCAGUUCGUUAUCCACCGCGGCCUCAUCAUCUCGAUCAUGCAAGCUGUAUUCUCGGCCAUCUUCUACUUUGCCCCGAUUGCGCUGUACCAGGGGUGGUUGAUGGUAGGGUAUGCGACGAUCUAUACGAUGGCGCCUGUUUUUUCAUUGGUUCUGGAUCGUGACGUGAACGAGGAUCUUGCGUUGAUAUACCCGGAGUUAUACAAGGAACUGACCAAGGGACGCGCACUAUCUUUCAAGACUUUCUUCCAAUGGUUGAUGAUUAGCGUAUACCAAGGCGCGGCCAUCAUGAUCAUGUCCCUCCUCUUGUUCGAAACGGAAUUCUUAAACAUCGUUUCCAUAUCUUUUACGGCUUUGGUCAUCAACGAACUCAUCAUGGUUGCACUAGAAAUCACGACUUGGCAUAUUUAUAUGGUCAUUUCGGAAGUGGUCACACUUUGCUUUUAUGUUAUCAGCAUCGCUUUCUUACCGGAAUAUUUCGACCUCGAUUUCGUCGUGUCCACUCGCUUUGCAUGGAAAGUAGCGGUUAUAGUAGCAGUCAGCGCACUCCCCUUGUAUGUUAUCAAGCUCAUUCGUAGUAGAGUCGCUCCGGCAGCGUCGAGCAAGUUGCUAUAAUAUGCACCAUGUAACUUGACGAUCACGCCAAAUCUGACAU